AAGUAGCGAAACAAGAAAUGGCAAAAGACGUUUGGCGCGGUCGGUAGACGAGCUGCUGACGGCAGAGAGACAGGAACCGAGGUCAACCCCGCGGGCCAGCUGCUUUCAUAUUUUGUCUUGGAGAAAGGGCCGCGAGACAUUCGAGCAUUUACUCAGAGAGUUGGUGCAGUUUAACUUUCCCUCUUUCUAUCGUCAACCGUCUCUCGAGGCUUGCCCUGCGCAGGCAGACGGGAAUACCUUGAAAAUGCCUCCCAUCGAAAAAGACACCGGGAAGAAUGAACUCAAAUCUCGGAUACAGCUGCUUAUUGACUCCAAUCAAGUCAUGGUUUUCAGUAAAAGCUACUGUCCGUAUUGUGUCAAGGUGAAAGACUUGUUCAAAGAGCUGAAAGUGGAGUGUAAUGUGGUGGAGUUGGAUCUAAUAGAGGAUGGAACCAACUACCAGGAUAUGCUGCUCGAGAUGACUGGACAGAAAAGUGUUCCUAAUGUCUUCAUCAACAAGACACAUGUUGGCGGCUGUGACAAAACAUUGCAGGCUCAUAAAGACGGCAGCCUGCAGGAGCUGCUGUGCGGAGAAAAUGACGCUUAUGACUACGACCUAAUCGUCAUCGGAGGAGGAUCUGGAGGCCUGGCCUGCUCAAAGGAAGCUGCUGCUUUGGGGAAGAAGGCCAUGGUGCUGGACUAUGUUGUGCCCACCCCAAAGGGAACCAGCUGGGGUCUCGGUGGUACCUGUGUGAACGUGGGCUGCAUUCCCAAGAAGCUGAUGCACCAAACGGCCAUGCUGGGCACCGCCAUGCAGGACGCACGCAAGUUCGGCUGGGAGUUUGACGAGAAAGGUGAGGGCUCAGAGCACCGACCGCGGAGGUCACGAAGGGGGGACAUCGCACCGGUUUGCCGUGUGAAGCACAACUGGGACACGAUGAAGACUGCAGUGAACAACUACAUUGGCUCACUGAACUGGGGCUACAGGGUGGCACUGAGAGACAAGAAUGUCAACUAUGUCAAUGCCUAUGCAGAGUUCAUUGAACCCCACAAAAUCAAGGCGAUCAACAAACGAGGGAAGGAGACAUUUUACACAGCGGCUAAGUUUGUCUUGGCUACAGGCGAGAGGCCGCGCUACCUGGGGAUCCCUGGAGACAAGGAGUACUGCAUCACCAGUGACGACCUCUUCUCGUUGCCUCACUGCCCGGGAAAGACCCUGGUGAUCGGGGCGUCGUACGUGGCUCUGGAGUGCGGUGGUUUCCUGGCCGGCCUGGGUAUUGAUGUCACCGUCAUGGUCCGGUCCAUCCUGCUGAGGGGCUUCGACCAGGACAUGGCCAACCGUGCCGGAGAGCACAUGGAAGAGCACGGCGUCAAGUUCCUCCGCAAAUAUGUGCCAGUAAAGGUGGAGGAGCUGGAAGCAGGCUCUCCUGGCAGGCUGAAGGUGACAUCCAAGUCAACCGAAAGCGACGAGAUCAUCGAGGGAGAGUACAACACUGUGUUGAUAGCAGUGGGCCGAGACGCAUGCACAGACAAGGUCGGCCUGGACAAGACGGGGGUCAAAGUCAACCCCAAGAAUGGAAAGAUCCCAGUGAACGAUGAAGAGCAGACCAAUGUGCCUCACAUCUACGCUAUUGGAGACAUUCUGGAAGGCAAGUGGGAGCUGACGCCUGUAGCCAUCCAGGCUGGCAGGCUGCUGGCACGACGCCUCUACGGGGGCGCAACACUCAAGUGUGACUACGUCAACGUUCCCACCACUGUCUUCACCCCACUGGAGUACGGCUCCUGUGGUCUGUCAGAGGAGAAAGCCAUGGGGCUCUAUGGGCAGGACAACCUCGAGGUGUACCACAGUCUGUUCUGGCCGCUGGAGUUCACUGUGGCCAGCAGAGACAACAACAAGUGCUACGCUAAGAUCAUCUGCAAUAAGCUGGACAACAAUCGAGUCAUUGGGUUCCACUAUCUGGGUCCAAAUGCUGGAGAGGUGACUCAGGGUUUCGGUGUAGCCAUGAAAUGUGGUGCCACUAAGGAGCAGCUGGACGGCACCAUUGGCAUCCACCCAACCUGUGCUGAGAUCUUUACCACUUUGGAGGUGACCAAGAGCUCUGGUGGAGACAUCACGCAGUCCGGCUGCUGAGGUUAAACCCUGCUCGUUUAGUGGGCUGCUCUCAUAUUAGACUCUCCUACCAACCCCCCUCAUCUUAGCUCUGUCGCCCUUUAAGCUCAGCCUCCCCUCCAGCUGCUCAGUUUACAGGGCAGUUGUUUCUCAGGACAAACCGAAACACCGUGACCAGCGUCCGUAUGAGUGAAGUGCUCAUGCAGGCCCGCCGGGAUCUUAGAGGUGACUGAGAGGAGCCAGAGCUGAGGAUGUGCGAGUCUCUACGAUAUGAGUGCAGCCUGCUGAACAGCGGGGUUACUCUGCUGAUAUUUCCACUGGGCUCCACCAGCGUGUCCUUCUCAGAGGAGCACCAACACACACAUUACUGCUGAGUACGCGUGUGUGUUUGGGCUGUUUGUGACGUCCUGGCCCGUAACCUGAAAUUCCCAGGUGGGCGAGGAUCGAUUUGCCUCUGCAGAAGCGCCUGAUGGCAUCCAAACCCUUCGUCCAACCCCCCACCUUCAAACACUUCUCAUUAUACAGUAUACAUGAGGCAUAAAGCCGGAAAUUCACUUCAGUAAGAUAGAUUUUAAAUUUGCACACAGCCAAGGUUUGAAUAGAUGCACAGCUCUGAACUCUGCUCCAGCUUGUGAUGGAAACUUAUUAUUUAAUCGUGUGUGUGGAUUAAAUGUGUCUGUUCUCUUCUGUUGAGCCUUCAUCUCUCCACACACGUUAUUGUCUUUAGGGUGAAAUUGAGUCACGUGCAUGUAGCUGUCCAUGUGCGUCUGUGCUGUGUGGAGGCACCAGGGUUUUUCUGCCUUCAUCUCUUCCAAAGUGUUCACAAGCCUGCAGAGAUCACGAGCUGGCAAAUCUACACCUUUUCAAACCUUGAUGUGCUGCAUCACAACACUUUCUCAGAUAAGCUGAAAGUACAAUUCCACAGUGUUGUAUUUUCCACAGUGUUGUUUGUAAAGAAUAAAAGAAAAAACAUUUUCACAAGUUUUUACUAAAUUAAUUUAAUGCUCGUUCGUCGCGGCUUGGCGUCUGCUUUGUGUGUGUCAAAGAUGUAUUCACUCUUCUACAGUGUUCUCACUGCUGUCGGUGGCUGACUUUGGUCAUCUGUAUAAAUGACUUGUUCGUUGGUGUCAAACCACUGUAGAUUACUUAUUUCAAGAUUUAAUAAAGAAUUCAUUCAACUUCA